AUGUUGCAAGAAUUGGACCGUGCAGCAAUGGCGGCCGUGCCCAGUGAGGUUCCGACGCCCUUGGCCUCCACUAUUCUUCUGCCAGCCAAAAGGGUGAAGCAAGAUCCGAGUUGUCGGGAACCCUCGUCCGCGGUUCCGGCCAUGGAGGCUGCAGGCUGGUCCACGCUCUCAGGCGACCUCGUCCGCCGCAUCGCCGAUUCCUUCCUCGCCAACAACGACCUGGACUACUACAUGUCUGUCCGCGGCGUCUGCCCCACCUGGCGCGCCACCACCGACGACUCCAGCAGCGACACCCGGGACUCCGGCUUCCAUCCGCACACGUGGAUCGUCCUGGACGAGGACUUCCAGCGCGACGGCAGGCGGGUCUUGCUCAACACCCUCACUGGCCGCUUCCUCCGCAAGAAACUGCCGGUGCUGCUGGAUUACUACAUCAUUGGUACAAGUCGCGGCUUCUUCGUGCUGGCAGACAGGAGUCCUCCUCACGCCGCUUGUGUCUUCAAUCCUCUCACCGGCUGCGUGGUCCGGUUCGCGGCGCCCGUGCCCCGCGAGGUGGGGCUCUCUGAAGUUGACUCCUUGCUGGCGCUCGCCCUGUUCUGCGACUCAUCUCGCACGAUUUACAAGGCCGCGCCUGACAGCGAACGUUUCAUCGCGGUCAAGAUGAGGAGUAAAAAGCCGGCAGUUUACGAUUGCUUCCGCAAGGCGGCCGUAGGUGGUGUCUAUGCAGAAAUCAGUGCCUUGAAAUCAAUUGCAGUAGCUGAGAUGAUUACAUUUUUACCCAUGUUUAAUGCGAUAGCUGCACAGAUGCAAAAUAGAGGAUAUCCAGAGUUCCCCAGCGAUCUUCCUAGAGACGUGAAGGAUAUCCAGAGUUCCCUGGUGGUUUUAUCUGGACAGAUGUUGAUCGUCUUGGGUGCACCGUUUCCCUUUGUUUGCCAAGUGGACAUCGAUGCAACUGAGUUGGAGCCUUUGGUGAGCAUCGGCAGAUUUGCCAUCUUCAUCAGUAAUCGGAGGUGCCUAGCUGUGGAUACUGACAUGUUCCCAUCGAUUGAGGCAAACUGUGUCUACUUCAUUCAGCUUCUGGGUUCAUCUGCAUAUAUCUGCAAGUCCAACAUAGAGGACAGGAAAGUACAGAGGAUCUCUGAAAGUCCAGAUUUCGUGAAGCGGGGCAAGCGGUUUGUCCUCGUCGCUUGCCGUCCUUUUACGGUCAUCCAGCUUCUAUCGAGCUACACCAUCAACAUCCCGGAUUCUCAGUUGGCACUGCAACAGAUGCCAUAA